GUGGAGACAAGCUCGGUAGUAGCAGCCAGUGAGCCGACUCGAGCAAAGGGGGCUUAUGGUAAAGUGGGCGAAGAGGCGGUUGCUACUUCGUAUGCAGUUGGCUCAGUGUCAGGUGCGAUCUCCCUUUAACUUUCCCCUUGCACGUAUCCUACUCCCCACUUCAACGAUGGUGCUGCAGAGAGCGAUGAUGAGAAUGAUUUGUUGAUGGCUGAUUAUUCAUGGCGCCUCCUUCUACGAAUGGUUCCACGCUUGACUCUGAAUAUGGAAGUGACUUCCAUACCAUGUACAACUUGUUUACCGCAUUAUUUAUCUCCUAUGUUGCCUCAGUGCCUCUCGUGACUAUCUGGUCUACAUGUUCUUCCCCUCUUUAUAUGUUUCAUGGUGUUGUCCUAUAUGUUGGUUCUCAAUCCGCUCGAUCCCCUGUCCAUCGGAUAUGCACGAUAAAGCUGACAAUGAUGCAGACAUAGACUCCGAUAUUGAGGAGGGUGGUGUUUCUCUCGAGGAACACCAUGACCUGGCUGUUGGAGACCCUACAGACAACUAAAUAAGUCUCCAACACCGAAACGGCGCGAGUGUGCAC